GGAGAAUGUUUGUGAAGGAUGUGAGUGGAAAGUUGGAAACCCUUACAAUAUAGACUGUCGAUUGGUGUGUGGGCGAGAAUAAUCAGACGGUAACAAUUGCUUGCUACAACUAGCCAAACACAUGGAUCAGGUAUUUUCCUGUUUGAGUUUCAACCUGUUCUUCUUUGUCACUUGCUCCGUGCAGGCAGGCUCCGCAACUUCAGUUUUCAAGCUUUGGAAAGAACGAUUUGGUGCUGAACAUGAAGGAGAAAUCGUCAGGCGCUGUACCAGUUGUUGUUGACCCGUACAUUGGAAACAAACUCCGUCCACAUCAGCGUGAAGGAGUUAUAUUCAUGUACGAGAGCAUCAUGGGAUUGAGAGGUCACAAUUUCCGAGGAUGCUUGCUGGCUGAUGAAAUGGGCCUAGGGAAGACAUUACAGGUCAUUGCCCUAUUAUGGACUGUUUUCAAACAGGGGCCACAAGGAAAGCCUGCUCUGCGCCGUGCUGUUGUUACUUGCCCAUCAUCGUUGGUAGAGAAUUGGGGAAAUGAGAGGUUUCUAAAAGCCAAGAGCCAGUGUCCCAAAUGGGUGGUAGCCAUGUACACUGCAUGGGGGUUUGCUGUAGGGAAAGUGGAAGCUGUGUCUCCACUUCUGGGUGUCUUGAAAGGUCCGAAUCUUAAAACGAAUCGGCUGAGGAAAACUGAUGUCACCAAUGGGCAGUGGCAAUCUCAGCUGCAUGUGGGUUUUGCCGUUGGGAGAUUGGAGGCUGCUGCAUUAGCUGCUGCUGGGGCUGUGUACCCUGGGGUUGUGUACCCUGCGGCUGUGCAGGCUGCGAGACAGCGGGCUUCCUGCUUAUGGCAACCUGCGACGAAGGCUGUGAGAACAGUGUCCGGAGCUGAUACAGCCGCGUAUAGUAAGGAACAAGAGGACAGGGCUGUCGCAAUUCUUCGCGGAAGGGGAGAGAAAAAGGAGAAGAGGGAAUUAGAAAGGCAGGUGAAGAAGUUGGCUGUGCGGGAAGAAGAGUUGACUAGAAAGAGGAAGAUGGAGGAAGAAAUGGAGAUGUGGAAGAAAGAACAGGAGGCCAAACAUGGAGUCAUCGAAGCACAACUCGUCCAACUCUUUUACAACGCACUGCCCGAGCAAUUGCGAGGGCACUACUUUGAUAAGAAACAUCAGUCUGGGAUGACUUAUGAUGUCCUCGGUAGAGAUGUUGCUUCCGUUGCUCAAGUUAUGCCUGUUACCACUUUUUGGCACAAGGACUUAACAAAGGGCAAGAAGUGGAAAGGUCGUACCAUCUCUGGCCAGGUCAAGGCCAAAGACAAUCUUAUUCUGACAAUGGAGGGAGGUGGUGCAGAAGAGGUCUCCUACACCGACAUAGAGUGGGGAUUAGAAGAAGAAGGCAGUAGUGCAGAGAAGGGGAGUUCUUACCUUGCUGUCGUCGUCGGAGGGAGGUCGCAAAGAGGAGGACGAGGUCGAGGCAAUAGUGGCCCGGCCUCAAGUGGUCGAGGACAAGGCGGCCAAGGGGUUGGCGGCAACAAGGACCGCCAAGCGGGAGGAAGGGGUCAAGGUCCCCCGUCUAGCCGCCCUAGUUUGAGUCGAUCACCUCCCUAAAGGGGUGCAUGGCACCUUGGACGGCUUGAAGGAAGGACUUGGGAAAUCCUUGGUAUUGAGCAAAAUGUCU